AAUGUCAAACAUUACAAAACGCGAAGGCUCGGAGGGUCAUGACGAUGAGGAUCAGCAAGAACGUCAAUUUUUGCAGGAAGCUGUGGAGGUUAGUUACUUUCAUUAUAAUGAUACGGGUGUUGGUUCAUGGUUAACAACUGUUUUUUUCCGCACUGGAAAACUUGCAAAAUACGACCACUGCUGA